GUGUCCUGCAUGUAGCGGAUGUGGUUUCAUCGUCUUGUACCAGCCCGGCUACUUGGUUUCGUGUUGUCCUACCCACGAGCGACAAAAGCUGGCUUGUUGCUUCUGGGCUUAGAUGUAAUGCGAGCAGCCGCCUCCUGGGAAGAAGCAAGAUAAUCACGACCACGCACGCUUAAACUUAUUUACCAGUAUACUUACUGCAUUGAGAUUGUGAUUGAACUCGAACAAGAGCUGCAAAGAGGACCUUUAGCAAGCAAAGCUACUGCAAUAGCUGUACAGAAGUCGUGUUAAUGUGAAGAAGUUCUUGUGGGGCUUGAUUCUUUUUUUUGAAAGUUUUUGUCUAAUCGUGGUCUUUUCUACUUCUUCGUUUAUUACCUUCACAAUUGAUUCUCAGUGCCUAUCAUGUACUCCCUCGAGACCUUAUCGUAAGAAAAAAUUGUUUCACUGUAAGGAUUUUGCAAGUUUUGCAUUACAAGUUCGCUACACAUUACAAAGAAAACUUGCCAUGCAAGGAUCCUAAGGGAAAAUACCACUAAAAAUCACUUGUCUUGCAUGUGUAGCAAGACAAAGACUUCAGUGAUGCUGUUUCUGCAUCACAAGUUCACAGUGAAGCAGUUUUCUCUUGCGAUAGACCUUCGCCCAAGUCCUCGAGGAGGAGCUGGACAAACUGCCAGAAAACGGCAACGCGCUUUUUAUCGUGAGGAAAAAUCCCCCCUCCCCAUAUCAAAACGAAGUUUGUGAUGCUGGAUUUCCGUACACAAAUGAGAGCUGUCUUGCAGUAGAGGAUUGCAGGCAUAUGCCGUGCCUGAGAACGAAGCGUCUGACGUGGACGCUUAGCAUCACAAAUGUCUAUGCUUUAGCCCAAGCAGCAUCACAAACCGUGCGCAUAAUGUGGCGGAGACUGUAGAAUUGCCUUCUUGCAAGACAAAAAGAUUUGUGGUCACAGAUCAGCAUUAGAAAUUUUCCGAGAAGUACCUUUUUGAUAUGGGGAGGGGGGAUUUUUCCUUACGAUACUGCCCUCCAACCUGCCGCCAAGAAAUUUAUGGGAGUGCCAGGAAUGAAAUCGUCAAAGUUGAGAUAGUUUGUCAUGCAUAAAAUGCAAGGCAUGGAGUGCCUCUCUUGCAGGAAUGGCAAGUGAGGCAGAUUGUGGGCCUAUUCAGGGUUUGGGAUAGAGCUGCUAAAGGAGCAUCACAGAAGCAGUCUUCUGUGCCCAAACAGCAUGACAAAUUGGAUCACUCCGGUGCUCCGAAAAUUUGUCAUGCUCCGAAAAUUUGUCAUGUCUUUGGGUUGAUCAACUCACCCGAAACACAAUGCCAUUCCCGCAGGUGCACAGUCUGUUUAUGUCAUGUGCCGCUUGGAAAUUGGGCUUCCAACUGGUAUCCAUUUUGUGCAUGACAGUUUGUCGAUUUCAAACCUGACACAUCCAGAAAAUUCCGCGAUAACCUCGAAAAACUCCUCGCACGCGGGGUCGCCAGAUGAAGCCGGUGGGUCGGGUGCGUUUUUCGGUGCGAGCCAGCGGGCCGUGUCCAUGGUUGACCUGCAGAGGGUAUCAACUGCAAAAAUGUCUGGGUCUGGAAGAAUGCAUGUUUGUCAUGCUUGUCUGGCAUGACUCUUAAAUCUGUCAUGCACGUUACCCAGGAGCUCUGUUUUUCUGUGAUGCAGGAACGCAGUUUGUCACGCAGAGUAGGCGACACCGACACCUAGAAGCUCAGAAACUUGUCAUGCUGAGCGAGCAUUUGUGGCCUUAUCGUGAGACGCCACCCAGCAUCACAAGUUUCCAGACCCAGACAUUUUUACAUUUGACAGAGGGAAGAGACCGCGAUGCGCGAGUACCUGGAUAACCACAAAAGGUCUGGAUCCGCAGAGCGGAUACUACAGGAGUCGAACGGACUAUGGUAGUGUCAGGUGGACUGAAAUCGACAAAGUUGAAAUCUUUACUUGUAAUGCAUAAAAUCGAUACCUCCAGUUGGAAGCCCACUUUCCCAGCGGCGCGUGACAAAUUUCGGCACGACCGUCUAAAUUCAACAGUUUGUCAUGCUGUUUAGGGACAUAAAACGUCUUUUGUCAACAUGCUACUCUAGCAGUUCUAUCGCAGUAUACCCCAAACAGGGUGACAGUCGGCCUCACUGGCCAUCCCUGCAAGAGAGGCACUUCAUGCCUUGCAAUUUAUGCAUGGGAAACUAUUUCAACUUUGUCGAUUUCAAUCCUGACGCUUCCAUACGGACUCGCCGCGGUUGGUUCCGCUUUCAAGCGGAAACACAACAGCAAAGAAGGCCGGUCCGCGCCCGGUACGCCGGGGAUACCCGGAUAUCAACGGCAAAUAUGUCUGGGUCUGGAAUAGUGCGACGCUUGUCAUGCACACUUUGCAUGACCCCUAACGCGUGUGAUGCAUGCCCUAGCACCUUAUAUUUUUAGAGGGCUUGUUCCUGAUGCCUAUUCCGCAUGCCAAAUGCCUCUCCGGCGCGUAGCACAGACUGGACGUGGACGCCUCUUGCUAGUCACGCAAUACAGAUUGUUUUGGAAUUCAAAGACAACAUCACAAGUUACCACCUUCCAGACCCAGAUGACAGGUCUUCAGUUGAUACCGGAGGGGCGUUGGCGACGAACACAACGACCUACUACCGCAACGGCUUUAACCCCUACUGUCCACACAAAAUCAGCGGCAAGCCGUGUAACCAUGAUCACGGAAUAUGCACGGCAAAAGUUGUUGCACCGCGCCAGUACUAUAUCCACAAACUGCAUGUAGUACGAAGCACAAAAACAAUUGACCAAAACGAUAAAAAAUAUAAUGGUGUAAUGCUGAAGCUGAUUGAACAAGACUAAGAACAAAAAAUAUUGCUAUGCACAAUAGUAAUGACAAGCAAACGAGUGCGAUGCAACUUUGAUAGAGGAUAAGGAAAAGGCGGAAACAACACGAGAUCGUCUUCGAGUCAUCAUCCCGGCAGGUAUAUCGUGAGAAAAAAGUGUUACAGUUACACAUUCUGAUGGGAGACAAGCAAGACAGACAACCUCUGUCAUGCAGGAAAUGCUUGCUAACCUCAUUUCAUUCGUGUUUUCCCUUAUAGUCUGUGCAUCACAGGUUUUCUUGGCCAUGUCGAGCAACUUUUUGAUGCAGAAACUCCAACAAGUGUGUAACUGUAGCACUUUUUUCUUGCGAUAAGGUAUCCACUGCAAAUAUUACGUCGUGGCCAGCAACUACAUGUCGAUGAUUUGAUUAAAAAAUAAUUAGAGAUGUCACAUUAUAGGCUAUGCGCAUGUCUGCGUAGCAUCUCGAUCUCAUUUUCUCCACCAUUGAGAGCAGCAGCACGUGUAGUUAACGAACAGAGACGAUGAACACCAUGUGAGCUGCACUGCCUUUGUAUUUCUAACGGCUCCUGAAGUCGUGCGCAGCUAUCUUUCUAGUACUCUGCUGGUCCUAAAAUUCCAGCAAGAUGUGCUGUCGGGACAGGUUGUAAAAAUAACAUCUGCUGCUAGCGCAGCAUGACAGAGCUUGCAUUCAUUUUUCCAGACGCCCCACGACCCAGGUCGUUCCUAUUUGCAAUGCAUAGCAGGAGAACCCGAGCAAAGCCCUUCCUGAUUCCACCACCACGCCCGAGUCAAGCGGACGUGGUGCUGAUGAGAGGGUACUGAUUUAUUUUGAUCAUAUUGAGAAUCAAAGCGUUCUUUGGCUUUCCUGAUGUAGUUGUUUUGCAGUUGUCGAUGUCGUGUAUGUAUGCCUGACGUCGAAUUAAAUGUCGUGAUGGGUUGAUGAAAUAAGAGGAAAAAAAAAUAGCUUGCGCUCCGAAACCGAAUCGUACCUAUAUAGGCAGAUGAAAUUCAAAUCUACUACUACUGUCUUGCGAAAUAUCAACAAACACGAACACGACCGUGCGACUUCGAUCGGAUCGAAGAAGAGCGUUAAUAAAACCACUUCAGGUACGUCGCCCGCAUGAUUCGCAAGCUCCGCGAGGGUCUCCGCAGGAUAGAAAGGGAAGACUUAAACCGGGAACACAAACAUGAGGUGCAGACCUUGCUGACCCGUUUUGAGCAGAAGGAAAAGGCAAAGGAGGCCGAUUUUGUCGAGCGGCAGGAACUGCUACAAGAGUCCCUGAAGUUAUGGAAGCGUCAGGUUUGAAAUCGUCAAAGUUGAAAUACUUUGCCAUGCAUAAAGUGCAGCCCUCAAAGUGCCUGCCUUGCAGAGUAGGCAAGUGAGGAAGAUUCUAAGCCUGUUGAGGGGUAGAAACUGAGCUGCUAAAGUAGCAUGACAAAAGGCGUCUUUCUUACUCAAAAAGCAUGACAGACUGGAUAUCGGCUUUACCUAAAUUUGUCAUGCGCCACUAGGAAACUGGGUCACAACUUUCGUUCAUUUCAUGCAUUACAAGUUAUUUCAACGUUGUCGAUUUCAAUCCUGACACAUCCACAGAAGUCGGUCUCGGAAGAAAACGGAGCCGCCUUCGGGCUGCUAUCCAAUGCAAUAAUAUGUCUGGGUCUGGAAGACUGCGAGAUUUGUCGUGCUAGCCUGGCAUGACCCUGAACUCUGUAUUGUGUGGCCACAAAGAGCUCUUCUUGCCUGGCAUGAUGCAGAAACGCAGUUUAUUCUCAUGCGAAGGACGCAACUCAGAACCACCGAGAAACUUGCCAUGCUUGGUAGCGCAUUUUUACAGUGCGCUACCUAUUCCCCUCCUUGCAUCACAAGUUCCCAGACCCAGACAUAUUUGCAACGCAUACCUGCUCGCCCGUUACCAGAACUUCGUCCGGGGCCGUAUGCCCCUGAUGCUGGGCGGCCUAUGCAUUGCAAAAGUAUGUCGUACGUAGUAUAAAUUGCAUAUUUAAUUAAAUUUCCUCAGCAUUAGGAAUGGAAUUUGUAAUGCGGAUUUGCCUCAAGAAAACGAUUUGUGAUGCAUGACUGCGAAGAUUACUACGACUGCGACACUUUUGCACAGGAUGCGUCCAGAUUGACGGCAACGUCAUGCGCGCGGCUUUUCACGGCUGGAAGGACGUUACACUCGCUGUGAAGCACGAGCUGUUCGCGCUACAGAUCGCGAAAACGGUGCACGUCGCGAACAAGCAUCGACACUAUCCUGUGCAAAAGUAUCGUACUCGUAUCGCAAUCAUGCGUUACAAAUCUUGUUCUUAAGGUAAAUCAGCAUUACAAAUUUUAUUUGUCAUGCUGAUGAAAUUUGUAAUGCAUUUAUACGAGUGCGAUGCAUACUUUUGCAAUGCAUAGACACCGCACCGCCGUGAAGUUUCGGGGUAGGACGGUGAAGAUGUAUCAGAGAAAAGAGUGUUAACUUUGAACGGAAUUUGUGAUGCAGUGACGCAUGAGCACAAAACGUCGUGCCCAAAUUUGUCAUGCAUAACAUUCAUAUUAGGCAGAAUCUGUCCUGCGUGACUGCAUUCUGUGAAAUGAACACUUUUUUGUUUGAUAAGAUGAAAGUUUUUUUCACCUGGAAAAAAGAACGGGACCAGGCGGCCAAGCAGCGCGCAUUUAUGGGAUUCUCAAAUGUUACAUCCUCAACUGUUACAUAGUUUGUCAUGCAAAACUGCAAUCAGAAUCGACACGAUCAAGCUGCUUCGCAUGACAAACUCUCGAAGGGCAAGCAGGAUGAGAAUCUGCCCCAAGAAAUCUGUCAUGCAAGACGCGCAACAAGGCCACCCCUUCUACUUGUACUUUUGCCAUUUUUGCAUCACAAACUCAUGUAACAGUUGAGAAUGUAACAUUUGAGAAUGCCAUAGCAUUGCUGUACUGCGUCGACCAGGCGAAAGCGAAGAUGGGCGGGGCUUUAUGCAUUGCAAUAGCAUUAUCGUACUAGUAUGAAUUGCAUGGCAAAUUUUGAUUUUCAUCGGAACAAAAAUGCUUUUAUCUCUCAUGCUAUUUCAGGUAAAAAAUUGGACUUGUCAUGCACAUUAGCUGCAAUUCUUGCUACGAGUGCGACAUUACUUUUGCAGAUGAUAGGCGUUCUCCGAGGCGGAUAUGCGGACGAAGCUCGUUAUGGAAGCGUCAGGACUGAAUUCGACAAAGUUGAAAUAAUUUCUCAUGCAGAAAUUGCAAGGCAUGAAGUGCCUCUCUUGCCGGGGUGGCAAGUGACUGAGGCCGACUGUCAGCCUGUUUGGGGUCUGCGGUAGAGCUGCUAAAGUAGCAUAACAAAAGACGCCUUCUGUUCCUAAACAGCAUUACAGACUGCAUUUAGGCACAGCCAAAAUUUGUCAGGCGCCACUUGAAAACUGGGUUCCAUUUUAUGCAUGGCAAAUCGUUUCAAGUUUGUCGAUUUCGAUCCUGACACCCCCAUACUCGUGAUCAUAAAGCUCUGGCGCGCCGACACUGAGAAGGAGUUGAUAAUAACGAAGAACAAUGAGAUGAUGAUGGAACAGAAACUGCAGGCGGAUAAGGCGAAAUUGGAAUCGAUACAGCGGUCCAUGGCCAACCUCGCAAUGCGGUCGCAAGCGAAGGGCGCGGAGGCGGAAGAGCAGCUGCUUUCCUGGACAUUUCAGUGCUGGUUCAAGGAGUUGAAGCAGCGCAAAGAAAAGGAGGCGCACGCGUGGGACCGCUGGAACUUGCGAAUUAUGCAAUACAAAUUUCCCGUACAUGUACAAGAUGCAUCACAAAUUUCACCAAUUUGGAGCCUAAAACUUGUCAUGCUAAACUAGGAUCGAAGCCAAGUUUUGUCAUGCGGAGACCGCAUUUGUACGUGUACGGGAAAUUUACUGUGGAUACGGAUUAAGCAGAAACGACAACACAUCAAGACGUGGAUCGUGAAGGCCUGGGGGGACGGGCUGGACGCUCUGCGGAGGGAAGCGAGGAUGGAGGAAUGGAAUAACAAGCUGUAUGAAUGUGCACAGCUCCCCCUCCCUCUCAUUUGUAUUGCAUGAACAGCAAUACAAACACCACCGCACGCGGAGCCUGUGCAUGGCAAAUUCACCGCGCGCCUAGUGUAGUACUGUUUGGGCUUCCGAAAUCUGUCAUGCAAACAGUACCCCACAGCAGGAGCGCUUGGUUUUGGUAUUCUGCAUGACAAGUGAGGGGGAGGGGGAGUAGUUGUGCAGUCUCAUAAGCUAGUGAAAAGGUUCAAAAAGGAUGCGUAUCAAAUGCAAAAGUGUCUGGGUCUGGAACAACGCAACUUGUCAUGCACAUGCUAAAUCUGAAUUAGGUAAAGAAACAAUCUGUGUUGCAUGAUUACCAAAAGCUGUCCACUUUUGACGUAAUCGAGAGGCAGUUUCUCAUGCAGGAUAGGCAUGAUAGAACUCUUACAGAAUCUGUCAUGCUAUGUCUUACAUACCAGACCAGACCUCAUGGGUCAUGCAAAACCUGCAUGACAAGUCUGGCACUCUUCCAGACCCAGACACUUUUGCAGUUGAUAAUGCCGAUCGCGACCAGAAACGCGAACUGUUUGACGCCUGGGGGAACGGGAUAAAGGUCAUGCAAGAAGAAGAAAGAGAAGCUUUAAGGUAGUACUUCUUCUUAUACAACUGUUUUAUUGUUCACACGACUCGAGCUCGACGUCGUCGCUCUCGGCAACUGCGUAGUUGGUAGAGGUAGAUUGUGUAGAAGUAUAAUCAGAGGAUCGAAGCUAGAGAUAGACACGACGACGACGACCUAACGACCUACUCCCACUACAUAACCGGAUCUGCAGCUUUAUCUUGUUCCGAUGACCGACCAGUUAUCAUGACGAGAAGCUGCAACAUAAGGUGAAGUUGUAGUAAAGUAAGUGCAUAGCUUAUUUCCCACUAGUACAGCAUCAGCAACCGCAGGACAAUUACCAGCCAUGCCCCGGCUGAUGCCGGGGCGCAAGGCUGUUGGGGCGGGGCAGGACUAUUUGCGGAUCGGGCCACAAUGCCACAGGCCUAAUAUGCAUAAUGAAGCAUACUGGAGUCCUGCCGCCUGUUUGCGCGGCGCCAACCCGCGCGACCACUUGCGCGCUUCCCGCGCCUGUGGGCGCUCUGCGCAGGGAGCAGCUGCAAAGGACACCGGGGGCGAACAGAAGCCGCCCGGCGCGGGAGGGUGGCGCGAGAGGGUUGCGCGGGAGGGUGACGCGAGAGGGUGCGCGAGAGGGUGGCGCGAGAGGGUGCGCGAGAGGGUUCGGGCCAGCCUAUGCAUGAAAAGGCCUGGCCACAAAAGAAUCAGCCUCGUGCCGGGUGGAUUCGGGUUUUUCUACCCCUCUCGCAGACCCUCUUUUUGACCUCUCCCGAGAGGUGUUGCUAAUAAUCCGGCUAUACUCGCCGGUAGAGGUCUACAGAGGUGGCCGAGAGGUGGCCCAGAGGGUGCGCGAGAGGUUCGCCCUUGUUCGCGCAACCUCUCGGCACCUCUGUCCCCCUCUCGCUUACCCUCUCCCGAACCUCUCGGCCACCUCCGUCCCCCAUAGGCGCGGCUUUAGGGUGAACGGUUCGGCUGGCUAUACCCGCGCCACCUCUCGGCCACCCCCUCGAAUGACCUCCCGCGCCACCUCUCCACCUCUGUCGACCUCUCUGUAAAUUCAUAGCUUAUUUCCCACUAGUACAGCAUCAGCAACCGCUACCGCAUAACAAUUAUUGAUGCAAAAUCUACUUCUCAGAAAGAAAAACGAUCGCUCUCCCCUUUGUUCUUCUAUCAGGCUCCGGCAGGAGGCCUUGCUUGCCCAAGGGCAGUACCAAACAAAAAAGUGCUAACGUUAACGGUUUUCACAGAUGGCAGUCAUGCGUAUACAAAUUUUACUUUCCAUGCGUGCUCUGCAAUACAAAUUUGCGCACCUUUUCUGAUGCAUCACUGCAUCACAAAUUCGGUUAACGUUAACACUUUUUCUUGUGAUAGCCACGCCCAGGGGGAAAAGGCCAAGGAAAAUGCGCUGCAGAAAUGGGAGGGGAGAGCGGUAAAACAAAGGUUUUACCUGGGGUGGAAAUCGAUCUGGGAAAAGCUAGGACUGCGGAACCGCGCGAUCCAAUCUGUGUGUCGGCGCGAGCAGAAGAAGAGACGACUCAUCAUCGUGAUGAAUGCCUGGCUACGCAUUUUCGCAAAAGCAGGAGUUUCUUCGCACUCACAGUAAUCGCAAAAAUCUCUGUUAUUAUGUGCUUCCUUUACCAUUACCUAAACCUAUUUCUACUUCUGCAUAAGAAAUUUCAUUUUACUCGUGCAGAAAAAAAUUGUGAUGCGAAGAUACCAUGAUGCUUUUGCAAUGCAUACUGGUCAAACUGCGUCCGGGAAACCCGAGAGCACGCCGAGCUGCAGCGAACCCACCUAGAGUACCAGCAGCAAACUGCGAUGCGACUCAUGUCCUACAUCGGCGGCGCAUCCUCGAAGCAAACGGACGAGGUAAAGCUGAAGAUUAAGACGAACUGUGCAUCGCAAAUUAAUAUGUCUGGGUCUGGAACUACGCAAAUGUUUGAUGCGCGGCCUCUAUCACAUCAUACUAAAAAUAAAACCUCUCACGCAUGGACAGCAAAAGUAGAAGCUGCCCACUUCUUGUAAAAGGGAAUUAUCUGUCAUGCAGAGCAUUGCGGAUUCAAAACCUAAGCUUCUAAAAAUUUGUGAUGCUAGGGCUCGCAUUAUGGCAAACCUUCUGGGUCUUCGCGCAGAAACCGCAUGGCAGACAUUUGGAUUUUUCAUCGAAACUCCGGUAUAUUUGCGAUGCAUACGAACGUCCUCAAGUACUGGAAAAAAAUCGUGAUAAACGAAAAGAAAAUCCGGAAGAGGAUAAAGUCCCACGUAUCAAAUGCAAAAAUGUCUGGGUCUGGAAGAUUCUGAGACUUGUCAUGCACAUUUUGCAUGAGCCGCGAUGUCUGUGAUGCAUGCCCUAGCAUCACAGAUUUUCUGAGGGCUUCUCGAUGCCUAUUCCGCAUGACAAAUGCCCUCCCCGCGUAGCAAACAUUGCGCUCCCUUUGCUGCUCAUGCAAUACAGAUUUUUUUGGAAUCCAAAUUCAGCAUCACAGGUUCGUAAAAGCAGUUCGUUUUUUGGAAGCACUACGUGACGAAGCAAAUGCCUCAUGUAGAAAUAAGCAGCAGAUACUUCAACGCGUGCGCAGCUUGCGGGGGGGUGACUCCUGUGGUCCCCCCCCACUCGUUGCGCCUUUUUCCAAAACUGCAGGGAUGUGCUUCCUUUUUUUUUUCAGCAGUGGCUGGCUGGGUAAGAUUAAGGCUGCGGCCAGUGACAUUGUUGCAAUGAAGUCAUAAGGUGUAGAGUCUGAUUCCGAUAGCAGUACUACGCAGCACCAAAGUAUUAGGUAAGUAGUCCAUACCGUUUUUCGAAGUUCUUUGUCUUAGUCUAAAGCAUAAGCACAAAACGAACUGGCGUAGCCGCGCACAUGCACGCGUGCGGCGCGGAAGAUGGGCGCGGCCUGUUUGCGAGGGAAGAGAAGGGCGGAGGCAAUGCAGGAGCCAGGACGCGAGCCAGGACGCAGCCCGGAUUUUGUCAAAAAGGUACGGCCUAAGGCCUCGGGAACGCCGAGCAUACCCGCGCACUUCUUCGUGAAUCGCCCACCGCUUUUUGUGCGCCAGCUGUGUCGGAAUGAAGAAAAACAAAAAAAAGAAAAGAAAAGGAAAAAAGGAAAGGAAAAAAAAAAUGAAAAUAGAAAAAAAAACAAAAAAAAGAAUGCGAAAACCGACCGGCGUGCGAAUUGCCUAGCAAAAAAAAAAAAAAUUCAGCAUCACAGGUUGCAUUCUUUCAGACCCAGACACUUUUGCAUUUGAUGCCACGUAUCCCAAUGCAAAGAGGACUUCUUCAUUAUCUGGCAGAAGUUCUGCGUGGUCAGCUUCACGGAGUACAACCGACGAGCCGAGUAUCGAAAAGAGAAACUGUGUAAGUGAUGUUGUGAUGCAGAAAAUGCAAAACAGUUUACGCUUGUCAUGCUCCACCUGUUGCAUGAUAGGAUCGCUUGUUCCUACGUGUUUCUGUUUGCCAGUCCUAUCUGCGCAUCACAAGUUUUUCCUGUCAUGCAGCUCAUGGCAGACAAACUUGUCAUGCUGUUUUCCCAAAAGACCUACACUAACACAGUUUUUUCCUUGGAUACCGAGAAAGCGUGUCGAAAGGUUCUGUACGAAAAAACAAAGAAGACCGCCGCGGUCUGCUUCAAGAUGUGGGGAGUCUAUUGGCGAACCCGGACGAAGAUGCGGGCGCGGUUCGUGGAGCACAUAUCACAAGAAAAAGGGUUAACAUUAACGGAAUUUGUGAUGCAGUAACGCAUCAGAAAAGGUACCCACAUUUGUAUUGCGUAGCAUGCAUGGAAGGCAAAAUUUGCAAUGCUGCAGGACUGCCAUUUAUUGUGAAAACGUUAACAGUUUUUUGUUUGAUAGCACAAGGAGUAUUUUCAGGCGAAGUGGGACCACACGGUCUCCCUAAAGCACGCUUUCCAAUAUGAGAGUGCACAGCUCCUCCUCCCCCUCAGCCUCAUUUGUCAUGCAAAAUCCGAAAUCCUAUCGCUGCGAUGUGGCACGGUCUGCAUGACAAAUUCGGAACCUGAAACAGUACUACAGUAGGCUCAGGAUCUUGUCAUGCUCGGGCUCCAAGUGUGCUGGUGUUUGUAUUGCAAUUGAUGCCAUGUAACUGAGGUGGAGGGGGAGUUGUGCACUCUCAUAUCCACAUGUGGCGGUUUACGAAAGUGUGGUCGGCGCAAUUGCGAGCGGCCAAGGACGCAGCGAAUCUGACCAUGAACGGGGUCAGCCAUCUGAAAAAGAGAAAGUACUUAUAAAUUUGUAUUGACUCUAGUGGACUUGUUUUUGCUGACGUUUUUCAUCUUGCAAAGCUGUGCACUCGAAGUAGAUGCAGAAAUCAGCAUGCGUAAAAUAAAAAUUCCUUUACGACCGUAGUGAAGAAAUACGAGAAACAUGUUCGUCAUGCGUGAUGAAAAUUAUUGCCGAAAAUUCGAAAAAUGAUUCAACAUCUCUUCACAGGGGCCUCGCACAGAAGUACAAAAUUUUCAAGGAGUGGUCGAUGGAGAUCGACCGUGCAAGGGUGAUAUGAACUGCAAACGUAUCGUACAACUCGCAAUAAUUGCAAUCAUGCAUUACAAUUUUUUUCUCAAGGUAAAUCCGCAUUAUGUCAUACUGAGAAAGUUUGUAAUGCAUUUAUGCGAGUACAAUCAUACUUCUGCAUUUCAUAGCUGAGAGCAGAGCUGAACGCUUUCCACGGCGACCGCAUGCAGAUGAUGAUGAACAAAAUGUGCGCCGAUAUGCAGCUUAUGAAUUGCAAAUAUUAUCCCGGUCUGGAGGGUUGCAAAUUUGUGAUGCUGCCUUGGGACUCUACACAAAAUCUUCUGUGUUGCAUGAACAGCAAAAGAAGUGGUCCAGUUUUUGCUACGCGGAGCGGGCAUUUCUCAUGCGGCAUGACCAUCAGGAAGCCCUCCCAGAAUCUGUGAUGCUAGAGCAUGUAUCACAGACCUUAUGGGUCUUGGGAAAUAUGCAUGGCAAACCUGGAAAAAUUUCUCCAGGCCAGACAUAUUUGCAUUUGAUACAGCUCAUGGUCGGGCCAAACAGGUGUUUCGCGGUCUGGAAAAAACAGACGGAGGAAGGAAAGACGCAGGAUAAGAUGGUACUAAUUCCUUUGAUGGAGAUGUUGAAGCUUGUUCAUCUAGAAGCACAAUUAAGUAUGCAGGAGUGACAGUCGUGUAGUGUGAGGGGCCGGCUGUACAGAGCAGCAACAUGUACUUACUUCUGCAUCAUCAAUCUCGUAUCAAAGCCAAAACGUAAAAAAAUCUAGAAUUUAAUGAAUCACAGGUCGAACAUCUGUACAAGUCCUGGAUGAAGAAAGCCCAGAUGAAGCAACUGAUGAAAGCUAUCCGCGCCUGGUAUGCUGGGAUUCUAAGGUGUUACGUUCUCAACUGUAACGUGAAGAUUUUUCGUCAGGUAGAGUCACCGCAGAUAUGCUGCCACAUCACUGUCGUGGUGCUUUGUAUCACAGAAACUCGAGGAAGGGCUAAAAAGCAUGGAAAUCUGUGCCAAGAAACUUAUGAUGCGAGAGUCUCAUCACAUCACCCCCACUCACUUUUGCUAGUCUUGCAUCACAAAUAAUUCGUGUAGCAGCUGACAACGUAAAAACGCUUGCGAAUGCCCAUACCGAGCGAGACUACGCCACAGGUGAAUCGAACGAGCGGGAAAUAACCGGAAAAAUGUCCGAGUUCGAACGGCUCAACGCAGAGCACGGGAUUUUCAAGGUGACAAUCAGGUGGGAGGCGAUCGUGCAGAAGUUGCUCGAUCGCAACGGCGACGCACUGUUGAAGAUGAUAACCCAGCAGUCCGGGGAGAUGAAACUAAAACUCGCGGAAACGAAAUACGAGCUGGCGCUGAAUUAUCCAGGACAAAACUACACCCAUUCCCAUCCAAUUUGUCAUGCAAAACAUGCAUAAAUUGCAGAUGUUGCAGAAAUGCAGUGUUUGUGAUGCAAAAAAUGGAUCGGGAUGGGUGUUGUUUUUUCGUGGAUAGGAACAAGUGCGAGGUGCUGCAGGAGACCUACGACCAGUGCCUGAAAGCGAGCGAGGACUUGUCAGCGUGGAGGCACUAUGAAUUGCAAAAGCAUCGUACAACUAGUAUGAACUGCAUUACAAAUUUUAUCAGCAUGAGAAAUUAUGGAAUUUGUAGUGCUGAUUGACCUUAGUAAAAAGAUUUGUAAUGCAUAACUGCAAGUGCUACGAGUGCAAUGCUUUUGCAGUGCAUAGGCACAAGAAGGACACAAUGGACGCCUUUUUUAUGGCGUGGAGAACGAGGGGCGUCGAAGCGAAGAGGAAUCGCAAAACGUACGAGUUCCAGAAAAAAUGCGAGGAGUUCAUGAAGUUCAAAACCAGUCAACAGGAUAUGACCUGCUCAAACGUUACAAUCUCAAACGUUACAAUAGAAUCUGGAUUUUGCCUUACCUGGUCAGCAUGACAGACUCGCACAGUGUUCCACUUUCUGCAAUACAAAUUUCGCCAGAUUCUAGCGCGGAUUGGGACUCCAGAACUUGUCAUGCGCAAUCCUGUGGGAUUAGCGUAGACUAUGCACUUCUUGCAAUACAGAUUUCCAUAUUCUAUUGUAACGUUUGAGAUUGUAACACUUGAGCACGCCAUACAGGAGAAACUCGGUUUCUACGGCUUCAUGAUCACCCGAAUCGGAAUGCUCAACAAGUGCUGGCGCGGAUGGCUGGAUAUGCAUUUCAAAAGUAUCGUACUAGUAGUGUAAAUCGCAUUACAAGUUUGCUCAGGAGCAUGAGAAAUACAAUUUGUCACGCUGUUUUACCUUGGGAUGGAGAUUUGUAAUCAUGCAUGACUGCGAUCAUUACUACUAGCACGAUUAUACUUUCGCACAGGAUACUGGAGGAAGUCCAGUUAGGUAGGCACGAAGCACAGUUAGCCGAGAAGAACAUGCUUCUGCUGCAAGAACGGCAGGGCAGAAUACGAAAGAUGUUCUUCGCGAUGGGGGCGCAAGACGAGAAAUUGAUGAAGACGGACGCGUAUGCAUUGCAAAUAUCGAUCUGGGUUGUCUGGAGUCAUACUGAUAGUACUCGGAUUGCAGUGUCGUGGCCGCUUGUGCGGCAGAACAGCAGCAUCAGAAGUUUCCGGGCUGGUAGCGGAUUCAUUCAUAAAACUACGCAUCGCAAAGAGCUGGCUUCCAGCAUGAGAAAAAAGCUGGUGUUGGCCUGCAUCUUCGUAUUCCCGCAUCACAGAUCCUCUUGUCUUUCAACUCUCGCAUCACAAAAAGUCCAGACAUCAUCCAGGGUGGAUAUUUGCAAAAAUGCAUAAGGCGUUCGCGUCCUGGCUGACGUUUCUGCGCAAGGAGCGGCGGAAUCACGCACUGGAGAGAUACGUGUACCACCGCAACGAACGGUUCUGCUUGCGCAGACACUUGGAACUCUGGGCCAGUUCUGUCUUCGAUAUGAAGGGAAACCGGCUGCUAGAAAACCGGAAACACGACUACAAAUUCAGCCUGUCGUGCUUGGUCCGGAAGAACUCCGGUGUGCAAAACCGGUACUUGCUGUUGGUCGUGUGGUAUCCUCUGCAAAUAAAGUAUCGUAGUCGUACUAAUUGCAUUUAUGCAUUACAAAUCUAGUUCCUAAGGCAAAUCCGCAUUACAAAUUCAACUUGUAAUGCUGAGCCAAUUUGUAUUGCAAUCUAUACUAGUACGAUGCUUUUGCAUUUCAUAUGUAGCGCGCGUGGUACUUUCACUACACCAGAAGCUGCGAAGUGAAUAUAUGGCGUUCUCAAACGUUACAUUCUCAACUGUUCCAUGAAUUCGUAAUGCAAGACUAGCACAGGUAAGAGGGAGAAUCUUGCGCGUCUUGCAUUACAGGUUUGGUGCGGACUACAGUGCUAUUUAGCCCUCCGAGAAUUUGUCAUGCGAAGCAGCUUGAUCGUCUGGCGGGUCAUGGUCAUUUUGCAUGACAAAUCAUGUAACAGUUGAGAGUGUAACGUUUGAGAACCCCAUAGAAUACCAUUGGGAACCGACGCGGGGGUUUGGUCACCGGAAAUGUGGACCGCGUUCUGCUUGAAGCAAGGGACUUGCGGGAGAGGAAUCGGUAUAACGAGUGAGUACUUCUAGUAGGUCGUGGUGCUUUUCUACAAGAAGAAGCAUCACAUGACGACAAACUGAGAUCUGCAUGUUUAUUAUUUUGCAUAGAUUUAUUCGCGCAAUGCAAAAAUAAAUGUAGAAAAUUUAAUACUUACUGAAUAAAGAAAAUUUUCUUCACUGCAGCAUUGGCCGGCAAAUUCAGUCGCGUGGUCUUGAUGCGUCUGUCGUCCGAUCCCAGUAUUUCAACGAGUAUCACUACUUAUCCGCAGUAAAAACAUCAACAUCUUGCUCACAAAAACACGCUCACAACAUACUGGCAUCGCAGCAUGAUUACAUGCCUUAACUUUUUCCCAACGACGAGGCUCAGCAUGACAGCUUGACGAAAUUUGUGAUGCGAAAAUUCGUGGUGCGUAGUACUGUACUCGAUUGAUGUAAGAUUUGUAUUGCAUACUACCUGCGCGAGGGCUACGAACCUGAGUACAUGCGAGGUACCGGACCAAGGUCUCUGUCCCCCCGAAGCUACUAUGAACUGCAAAUGUGUAGUCUGGGUGUGGAAGAGUGCAAGUUUGUCAUGCUUGUCUGGUAUGACUCAAAUCAAUCUGUAAUGCAUGAGCAGGAAAAGAGCCUCUUGCCUGUCAUGCAAAACACCGUUUGCCAUGCGGAAAACGAAACACCGUAGCAGUUCAAAAAUUUGUCAUGCUUGGCUGCGUAUUGCAGUCCGCCCACCAGUUACACUUUAGCAUCACAAGUUUAUUCCAAACCCAGACAUAUUUGCAUUUGAUAGCUACCGUGACCAUAUGAAGUUCAAGAGGAAGGUGAGAAUAAAAGAACACGACGAACCCGGGAAAUAUUACGCAGACAUGUGGGACUAUGGAAGCGUCAGGACUGAAAUCGUCAAAGUUGAAAUAGUUUGUGAUGCAUAAAAUGCUAGACGCAAAGUGCCUGUCUUGCAGAGCAGGCAACCGAGGCCGAUACCGAUUAUUAGCCUGCUCGGGGUGUGAGAUAGAGCUGCUAAAAUAGCAUGACAAAAGCAGUCUUCUCUGCUCAAACAGCACGACAAAUUGGAUUUCCAUGCUGCCAAAAUUUGUCAUGCGCCACUUGCAAACUGGGCUCCAGCUGGUAUCGUUUUUUUGCAUUACAGAUUAUUUCAACUUCGACGAUUUCGAUUCUGACACUCUCAUAGGGACGAGGGGGACUUCAGUCCGCCAAACGCAAGAAAUAAUUAUAACCCAGGAGCUAUGCGAAGAAAAAAGUGUGACAGUUACACAUUGUGUUGCGAAACAAGCAAGACAGGCAACCUUUGUCAUGCAGGAAAUGCUUGGCGGCCUCAUUUCAUUCGUGUUUUCCCUUAUAGUCUGCGCAUCGCAGGUUUGCUUUGGCAUGUCGACGAGCAACUUUGUGAUGCAGAAACUCCAACAAAUGUGUAACUGUAUCACGUUUUUCGUGGGAUAGGAGCAUCAAACAGUUCAUCUCUGAAACAGCAACAGGCCAUCAUCGCCACCGGACAUUUACGCAGAUCCUCCUCCCGCGAGCCACCCGCCUAUCGGAUACAUGUUGUUCCUUCGCCCGAAAUGAACGACCUGAGGGCAGGAGCAACAGCGUCAUCCUUCGUGAACAGCUCACAUUUACCAGUCCCGGGUCAGGUCGGAAGGAUAAGAUCGCCACUCGAUUUCAACUACCAGGUUGGCGGAUCGUCCAGUAGCAGGAGCCGGAGUAGAAAUUAUGGUGACCAAGACGCUACUUCGCGUGGGAGGACACAAACCCGACGGGUCAAACUCGCGACGGAUACCGAUUCCGACGAAUAUCAAAAGGAAAACCCCCCACUCCCCAUAUCAGAAGGAAAUUUCUGAUGCUGGAUUUGCGUACACAAAUCAGCUCUUUCUUGCAGCAGAGGAAUGCAAGUCCAUACUAACCCUAGCUAGAAGGGUUUUGGCGUAGCAUGGCAAAUGUGUACUCUGUAGGCGCCAUAGCAUCACAAACCGCCUGCAUAACGCAGCGGAGUCACUGAGUUGGCCUUCUUGAUGCAACACAGAGGCGAUUUGUGGCCACAGAUCAGCAUCACAAAUCUUCAGAAGUAUUCCUUUUUGGUAUGGGGAGGGGGGAUUUUUCCUCACGAUAACGAAGACGCUGCACACACCAGAGACAUGUCGCCCUCGCAACGUCGCGGUAUGCUGAUAAAACGAUUCUUCGAAAAUCAGUACCAGAAGUCCUUCAAACUGAACGUCGAAAAACGGCUCGGCGUUCCCGACCUAGUAUCAAAUGUAAAUAUGGCUGGGUCUGGAACAGUGGAACUUGUGAUGCGUGUCUUGGACUCCUGGAAAAUCUCUGUUGCAUGAGUAGCAAAAGAGGGGCUUCCUUUGUCAUGCAAAAACGCAAUUUGUGAUGCGUGCCAGGCAUCAGCAGGCGUAUGAAAACUUGUCAUGCUUGGCUGCCAUUGCAAGCGCUUCAACCAUGCUCAAUUCAGCAUCACAGGUUUCCAGACCGAGACAUUUUUGCAAUCCAUACCUCGACAUCCAACACGACACGAGAUUUGAGUACUUACUCGACCUGCACGAGCUGGAGGGCUUGCAAUACCUGUUCGAUUCUCAUCCGUCCGCCUGUGGUGGGUUUAUCAAGAAGAAAAAUCCUCCCUCCCCACAUCAAAACGGAAAUCUGUGAUGCAGAUUUGUGGUCACAAAUCAGCCUUGUCAUGCUAGAAAGGAAAUAAAGGCGAGGACUGUAGUGCUUGAUGGCGUGGGAAGGCCUUGCAUCUUCAGCAUGACAGGAGGCAGCUGGAAGCGGGAGACAGCAUGAGAAACCGCCUGCAAACAAGGCCACGCCUGCGGCUCUUGGCCUUCUGGCAAUACAAGUCGACUUGUAUACUCAAAUACAGCUUGUGCAUGACAAAUUUCGUUCUCGAAAUGGGGACGAGGAGGAAUUUUUGCUUUUGAUAGGGUUCGACGUCACACUAGCGCUGUUGUAUCAAACAAAAAAGUGUUAACGUUAACGGUUUUCACAGAUUGCAAAUAUGCAUCACAAAUCUUGCUUAGCAUGCAUGCUAUGCAUGACAAAUUUGGGCACGUUUUGUGAUGCAUUACUGCAUCAGAAAUUCCGUUAACGUUAUACGCUUUUUCCUGUGAUAUGUUGAAGAGAUUGAUCACCAACAUGCAGGCACACCGGGUCUUCAAGGGGGAGGUGAAAAACGCCCACACGAACGUAUGAACUGCAAAACAAGCAUCGUGCUCGUACUUCUAAUUGCAAACAUGCGUGACAAAUCUUCUUCCUAAGGUCAAACAGCAUUACAAAUCCCAUUUCUAAUUCUGACGGAAUUUGUUUUUGUGAUGCUAUUUAUACUAGUACGCUGCUUUUGCAGUUCAUAAAACGCGAAGCGGGAUAAUUUGCUGAUGAGAAUCGGGCUCCACGCUUUCAUGAAGAACACCCAGUUCGCAGAGGCGUGCCAAACGGAGCUGGUGGGGGACGUCAGGCUCGUGGAGGAGGUGCGGGAUUCCGUGGUGCAAACCGGCCCGAUGGAGCGGGAUGUGGAGAUCGUCUUCAUGCCACAACCGCCAGGUGCGAGUGGCGCUUCCGGGUCGUAUCAUGGGAGAUAUGCAUUGCAAAAGUAUCGUAGUAGUAGAAAUGGCAUUGCAAACUUUUAUGUUUUCAACCGGAAAAAUGGAAUUUGUAUAGUAGAUUCUGAAUUAGCAAUAGAAAGGAACCAGACCUCUCAUGCUGUACUGCAAUUUAUACGGACGAUACUUUCGCCUUGCAUAGUAGAUCUGGUGGAGCAAGUGUUUUCGGCGCCACUGGUUCGACGAUCACAACCAACAUCAGCAAUUCCGCACUAGAGUCCUACAAUCGGGACAGGGCCUACCUCCGGGAAUUGAGAAUAUCCACAGUAAAUUUAUUCCCGUACACGGACAAAAUGCAUCACAAACUUUGCUAUCAUUUAGAACAUGCCACUUGUCAUGCUAAUAUAGGAUGGAAGGUAGGUUUUGUCAUGCAGAAGCCGCAUAAUUUGUAUUUGUACGACGUGCACAGGAAAUUAUUUCCUAUGGAUAGAGAACCUACUUGGGUUACGUCGCGGACGAGUUGUCGCACCGGUUAAGGCUUGCUGCGGGGGUCUCCGGUGCGGCGCCACAGACGUCCUUGUCAACCGCGACAAACAUCCUCACCUGGCUCUCGCAGCUGGUUGAGAAGUUUCGCCAUCCGGACCUACUCGGAGAUUUGUACGGCACAAAUCGAAAGUUGCUUGGGAACAGUUCCAUCAGCGGUGCCCCGUAUCCUAAGUAAAAACAUCCCCACCCCAGAGACAAGAUGGGGAUUCUGAAACACAAACCUUGAAGUUUUGGGAGUCACGCAUGACAAGUUGCAGGCUGUACUGAAGUGCAGCAUAGCAAGGGAAGCCGCAUGACAAAUCCGUCUCCUCAUCCUGUUUACAGCAUUACAAGUUCUAAAACACAAUGGGAAAUCAUGCCUCUCAUGGGGAUUCGCAUUGCAAAUGCUCUCGUGCUUGCAAAUCCGCAUGACAACUCUGGGCAGCUGGGGAUGUUUUUACAUGGGAUACCUCGUUCACCGGAACCACUACAAAUAGCAAUGCGUUCCAAUAUAACCCAACGCCACUUGGCGGCGAGGCGUCGCAGAUCCUCCCCUAUGGCAGUUACAGCUUCUCCGCGUCCGGGCCCGGGCAGAGCUCGCCUUUGUCCCCUAGAACGAAAAUCAACCCGGGGGACAGAUUGAAAAUCGCCAGUCCGCGGUCGAUAAACCACCAGCCGAUCGAGAAACGGUUCAUCCCGCUGACCAACAGCAAGAAAUCCAUCACAAAUGCAAGUGUUGGAACAACAACCACAAAUACGAAUCAGGCGGAUCUGAGUGGCCACGCGAACAACGUGUUCCUCUCUACCUACGGGAUUUCCGAGGGGGAUGGGGGGAGUUACACUGGGCUGGCGUACAAGUCCAUCCGGUCCAACAGCAAAGAGUGGGAGAAGGAUGUGACUUCCCUGCUGACCAAAGCGUCCCUGUUUGACACUGUGGACGCGGUUGCUGUCCCUGCUGAAAUCGCUUCAAGUUCCUCGGGCACCAGAAAUGCUUUUAACUACCGGCCCGGCCAAUACAGUAGUGCCUCGUCUGGAGCUGGUGGAAUGUUGAUGAACAACAAUGCAGGACGAGCAUCCUCUUCCUCCUCCUCUUCUCGCCCCCGCGCAACCUCCGGCAGCAAGUCGCCGCCUAGUAAUUCCGCAGCAACUCGUAUCACAGGAAAAAAGUGUUACAGUUCUUACACAUUGUGUUGCAGGCCAAGCAAGACACCCAAGCUCUGACAUGCCGGAUAUGCAUAUGAGCCUCGUUUCAUAGGUGUUUUCCCGUAGGAUUUCUGCAUUACAAGUUUUCUCUCUCAUGCAGAGAAAUUUGUGUUGCUGAAUUGACUACAAGUGUGUAGUAACUGUUGUAACACUUUUUUCGUGGGAUAACCCGGUGGAUGGAAAUCAGGAACAGUGAAGCUGUCGGUGGAUCAAAGCAGAGCAUGACGAAUCAUGUCGAGACCGACUAUGUUCAGCCGGAUGCCCGGGCAGCCUUCAACUACCUGAAUUACAAGACCCAAGCGGAACGGGAAGCGGAGAUGGAGCAGUAUCGGCUGGAUGUGGAACGGGUCUUGGACCGCAACCCGCCGGUCCGGGAGCCGAAACCUUCCGAAACGGGGACAGGAAAUUCAAGGAGUAACAAAACCGGCCCGGCGAAUAUCAGCAGCGGAGGAUCUACAGCUUUAUCAUUCCUGCAAGCCGGUUCUGACACCUGGACGAAAAAAGCUCUGCCUUAUUCCCCACUACCAGGAGUUGUACCAGCGGUUGCAGCAGCACCCUCCAACUCCUCCUCUUCCGCAAGUUCUUUUGCAACAUCCACGUCGAACACCAAUAAAGGGGUUACUUUUGCGGACGACAUGAUCGGCCAAAGUAGAACUGCACCAGCAGACGACGUGUUGAAAGUACAACCGGGAUCCAUUGCCAACCUGCUUUCCGUAUGGAUUGUAAAAAUGUCUGGUUCUGGAAACUUGUGAUGCUGGGUGGCGUAUCAUGAAGAGGCCACAAGUGCCGGCUCAGCAUGACAAGCUUUUGAGCUUCUAGGUGUUGCCUAUUCUGCAUGGCAGACUGCGUUUCUGCAUGACAGCAAAAUGGGGCUCUUGGGUAACGUGCAUGACAGAUUUAAGAGUCAUGCCAGACAAGCAUGACAAGCAUGCACUCUUCCAGACCCAGACGCUUUUGCAUUUGAUAUUCCGCAUCGUCUUCGGCGUCCUCUUCGUCAUCUGCGGGCGACUACGCAUUGCAAAUAUGUUCUCUGGGUCUCGAGUAAGUACGUAUGUCAUGCAAGUUUGAGUUUGUCAUGCGUGCCUGGUAUGACUCUUAAAUCUGUGCAGUUUCACGGGCAGGGAAAGGGGCAGGUCUUGCCUGUCAUGCAAAAACGAAAUUGGUCACGCAGAAAACGAAACACGUAGCAUCCCAAAAAUUUCUUGCCAGCAACAGCCUUAGCUGGGUACAAUUGCAGUGCUCUUGUCAACAUUCACAGACUUGAAUCAAAACUUCCCAGACCCAGAUUACAACAUAUUUGCAUUUGAUAGCAACAUCGCAAAUUCUGCAGUGAGGAGGAACAGUACCGGAACCGCGACCUUUCCGAAAACUACGCGGAGCCGCAGUGGCAGUCCGGACAUUCGGCCGUCGCACGAUCGCAAUCUGCUGCCCGGCAGGUACUUGCGGGACGCUAGUGGGCCACUAUCCUCAGUAAAAACGUACCCACACCAGAUUCAGGAUGGGGAUUUUGCAACACAAACCUAGGAGUUUUGUGAGUCACGCAUGACAAGUUGCACUAUGCAUUGUAGUGCAGGUUAGCAAGUGCACCCGCAUCACAGAUCCAUCUGCUCAUCCUGUUCACAGCAUCACAAAUUCCAAAACACGAUUGGAAAUGGCUCUCAUGGGGAUGCGCAUUAUAAGUCUUUCUGUCUUUGCAAAUCUGCAUUACAACUCUGGUGUGGGUACGUUUUUACUCAGGAUAGCCACCGGGUGAGGAUCAUGCGGUAGAAGCUGGUGGGUUGCCAGGACCGAAUACCAAGUGCAAAAAUGUCUGGGUCUGGAAGAAUGCAACUUGUGAUGCUGCGUUUGGAUUCCAAAAAAAUCUGCAUUGCGUGAGUAGCAAAGGGAAUGCAAUUUUUGCUGCGCUGAGACGGCAUUUGUCACGCGGAAUAGGCAUCAAGAAGCCCUCAAAAAAUCUGUAUUGCUAGGGUAUGCAUCACGGACAUCAUGGCUCAUGCAAAACGUGCGUGACAACUACCAGCCAUGCCCCGGCAGACGCCGGGGCGCUAGGCUGUUGUGGCAGGGCAGGACUAUUUGCGGAUCGGGACGCCGCGCCAGAGCUUUGGACACAGCGCGACAGCCCCCCACCCCCCGAGGAACAUACUGUCGCCGUUUUGCGCCAUGCAACCCCGCAGGGUCUCCUGCGCGCUUCCCGCGCCUUUAGGCGCUAUGCGCAGGGAGCAGCUGCAGCGAAGCUUGGGGGCAAAGAGAAGUCGCCUCGGCGUAAGUGCCGAAGCACAAGGGGGGCCGCGCUGCCCUGUGUUGAUCACUCUCCCGCCCCCGCCCAAUGGCUUCCCGGCCGACGGAACUGCUGGCGCAAGAGGGUAGCGCGAGAGGGUGGCGCGAGAGGGUGCGCGAGAGGGUGGCGCGAGAGGGUGGCGCGAGAGGGUGCGCGAGAGGGUGGCGCGAGAGGGUGCGCGAGAGGGUGCGCGAGAGGGUGGCGCGAAAGGGUGGCGCGAGAGGGUGCGGGCCCGAGCGAUGCAAAAUCCCCCAGAAGAUCGGCCCUGUACCGGGCGGAUUCGGGUUGUUUGUACCCUCUCGCAGACCCUCUCUUUUACCUCUCCCGAGAGGUGUUGCUAAUAGUCCGGCUAUACUCGCCGUUAGAGGUCUACAGAGGUGGCCGAGAGGUGGCCAGGAGGGUGCGCGAGAGGUUCGCCCUUAUUCGCGCAACCUCUCGGCACCUCUGUCCCCCUCUCGCUUACCCUCUUGGCACCCUCUCGGCCCCCUCUGGUCCCUAUAGGCGCGGCUUUAGGGUGAACGGUUCGGCUCGCUAUACCCGCGCCACCUCUUGGCCACCCUCCCGAAUGACCUCCCGCACCACCUCUCCACCUCUGUCGACCUCUUUUUGACCUCUUUUGACCUCUUUUUGACCUCUCGGCCACCUCUCGUCUACCCUCUGUAGACCUCUUUUUUCGCAUGAAUAUAAUAGAUAGUAAUAAUGGCCCGGGGUUCACUUUAAAUAAAUUUGCCCGGGAAAAUACCACGCAGCGGAGCAAUCAGGCCUACUCGUAGGCCAGUCGGGGUCUACCCUUUCUCCACGUCGUCACAUGUGGUUAUUGGGUUUUGUUGGCGUAUGUCAGGGGAUUCCUGUCUUUGGCAUUUCACGACACUUCCCAUGGGUUCACUUCGAUGAUUGCUGCCGGGGACGUUCUUAUGCAGUCAGCUGGAUGACUGUGACCUGGCUCGUACUGUGAACGCAGCUGGAUGACUGUGACCUGGCUCGUCUUCGAUGGGCAGGCGGAUGACUGUGACCUGUCUCGCCCAUCAAGAUCCCUAAUCCGUAGCUCCUAGACGUUGCCUGGCCCGCGAAUGACUCCACGGCAGCCGGAUGUCCGUGACCUGGUUAUAAAGGGCUUCGUCGAUCGAUUGUGCCACUAGGGCCUUGUGUUCCGGCUACUCCGGAUCGCAAUCGAUGGAGGGCGGGACCUGCACCGGCGACAGGCGCUAUCCAACCAACCAACCAACUGUCAGAAUCUUCCAGACCCAGACAAUUUUACAGUUGAUACCGAAUUCAAGCUCGACUUCUUCUAGAACACCCAGUCCGACAAGCGGAGGGGCGGGGCCGUAGAGGUGGCCUGUGUUGUUGUUGUUCUCGUCUUGCACAGCUUUAGGUUUACUUCAUAUUUAUUUUUAUCGAUUAUUUUCACCAACACUGUGAAUAAAAGACAAAUGGGCUAGUACUUGCGAACAAUUCUUACGUGAUGUAAAUUUUUGUGCUGGAUGGUCAACGAAAGUAUCACUCACAAAUGAAAUAACGAAAUGGACAAACAACUACGUGAAGAUUUCAACUUUUUUAUGAGCUAAGAAACCAAUACCAAAAUCGAAUCAAGAUAAUCAGAAUCAAACCAGUUGUGUCAGAAAUAAGCCUGACUGUCACUAUGUAAAAACUGAACAAGGUGUGGGUGGACUACCCUUUUGUAUUAUCUGAACACGACGACAACUAGUACAUCAAGUGGCGCUCCUCACACCGCUUCCCAAUUAAGCGGCCCCGAUCAUCGUUUUUUCUCUUCGUGCUAUCUCAUCCCGAACGGUUGACCUCCGAUGUGGAUGGUGUUUAGAGGGUUCGUCCCUUCAGAAAUGAAGGUACUUAAACGAGCGCCGUGGUGGUACUAGUUUGAAUUCUAUAGUCGAAGUCCUCCUCCUUUUCAUCGGUGUAACAGGCAGAGCGGAACGAGCUAUUUUUUCCUCUUUUUUACUUUUUUUGGCUGACACUGCCACAGCUGCAAAAAACUUUAAACCAAAUAUUCGCGACAGCACGACGCGACUGCGCAUCACGCUUCGGUCGUGCUUUCUGCUGUUGAUUUCAUAUUGUGCAAAGUCUAGAAGUAACGCGGCGAACAGCACGCGAGAAGGUGAAGGGCACAGGUGAGAUUGCCUGCCGUGCUUGUUGUUUUUACCGCCACGCCACCGCUUUUUCUUGCGACGGUCCUCGAGGGCGAAAGAACUCGCAACGCGGUCAGAGCAAGAUGAAACAAUGAAAAUGCAAUAAAACCCGCUUGCCCCGCCGGAACUGACAAA